GCACCUACGAGGGGACGAGAGACAAUCACGAAGUCUUCGAGCGAAAACUGAAGAAUGACAAGGCGGAGGCUGUCAUCCAUCGGGGGUUCGAGGGCCUCGAUGCCUACACUGACCUUCCCGCUGACGUGGUGCCGAUCAUCAUCGAGAGGGCAAAGCCGCAUCACGCCAGGGCGCAGCAUCACAUGGAGACCAACAGCGUCAGCUCCAAGUUCCUGCUUGGAGACUCGCAGACUUCGAGCCUGGAUGAUGCUAAGUCCACCUUGUCGUCGAUCAACGAUACGCUGUCGAACCAGGAGACAAACCACGUCGAGGAGUCCAACGACGUGAGCAUGGCGGAGGAGGGGCAAGAGGAGGCAGACACAGCUGACCGACCUGAGCUUCCGGUUGACUCGAGAGACACUUUGGAUGACAGAGGGGCGCACAAUGACCCUUGCGCUGCUGCCAAGCAGGCUCAAGGGGAACAGUGCGACAACGAGGAGGCGGAAGAUGUUCAGGAUGACUCGCACAUGGAGCUGGAGGAGCAGAAAGGCAUCGACGAGAACAAGCGGGACGACGAGGAUGAGAAUGCCGAGGGAGAGAAUAUUGAGAAAGACGAAAAGGAGGACUAGCUUGCAAGCUUGCUUCAUUAAAACCUGUAGAACAUG